AUCUAGGUUCAAUCUAUCUAUGCUAUGCAAACUAUGGUGGUAGAAAUGAAAGUAAAACUUCUAAAACUAGUUUAACUUGUUUCAUUUGCAACGAGAGAGGAGAUAUUGAACAACAUGAAAAUCUUCACUGUUCUCCUUUGUUUAAUUCCAUAUGCAGGUGUGCUAGGAUUCCUACAGGUGCAAUGGCUGCGCUGUCGACUGACAGAUGAGUAUGUAUGGACAAAUGCUGAGGGACACAUUGAAAGUAAUAACAGCCACAGAGAUGCCGUGUUGCAGUUUGACAACUCGGGGAACAGCGCUUUGUUGUCUGACUCAAUCACAUUCCUUGUUGCAGCAUCUAAGGUGGAUAUGAGGAAGUUUGUGGAGGGUCCGGUGGAUCGACUGCAGUGUGACAUCCACAGGUACAGCAAAGGGAUGAGCCGUGUGCGCUGGCCAAGCCUGGGAGGAAUGGGGCACGACAUCUGGUUCACCUGCACACUGCGGCACACCGCAGGCCUCUUCAACAUCACCUCCUUUCUCAGAGUCACCCCUGCCACGACCAUGUCGGCCCACCAGCCAGACUUCUUCAGCUGGCUCACCAUCGGAGUUAAAGAAAAAAAAAAAUCAGUGCCUCAGGUAUCUGUGAUGGUGCUUAUGACCCGCUCUCCAUCCGUGCGGGUGGGCCUGCAGAAAGAGACGACCCUGCACUGUCAGUUUGCCGUGGACCACAAGGUCCCUCACCUUACAGUCGAGUGGCAUUUUCAGCGGCGUGGAGGGCGCCGGACCAAGCUGUUCAGCUACUCCAGCCGCUCAGGUCAGACAGAGGGCAGCGGGGUGGCAGUGAAGGGCAUUGCCGGGGGGGAUGCCUCCCUGACUGUGCCCAUCACCAAGGUGAGCAGUGAGGGGACGUACGUGUGUUCCGUCCGCGUACCCCCACUCAACGGGAGUGUGGACAUUGCGCUGCACAUCAUAGAGCCUCCUGAUGUUUCCUUGACCACAAAGGAGGAGCAGAUCCCCAGCGUAGUGUGUGAGGCUAAUGGCUUUUACCCCCUGGAUGUGGAGAUUGACCUUUUCAAGGAGACUAGCAGUGGUCAACGGCCUGAGAAGCUGGGGAACAUCUUGCGCUCUAGUCACCUCCAACAUCAUGACAAUACUCACUCUGUGGCAGCCUUCGUCCGGCUGCGGCCCUCCCCUCAGGACUCGGGGUGCGCAAUAUAUUCCUGUAGAGUGUCACACGUCUCCCUGCAAGGUCUGUACAUCCACAAGAGCAUUAUCGGCCCAGGCUGUUGGACUUGGAUUCAUCUGACCUUGCCUGGACUGGUAUGCCUGAUUUUUGUGAUAAUUUUCAUAGCAGUUACAAGACGGCGUUAUUUUUAACAAGACAGUACAAAGAGGAUAAAAGAAAGACGAAACAAGAAAGUCUCCACCUCCUUGUCCCCCUUUUGCUGCUCAGUGGGUCAAAUGUUUCUGGUAAGCUUUCUGAGCGGCAUGACGGCUGAGUGAUCCCAUGGUGUUUAUACUGUCGUACUAUUGUUUGUACAGAUGAAUAUGGUACCUUCAGGCAUUUGGAAAUUGCUCCCAAGGAUGAACCAGACUUGUGGAGGUCUGCAAAAAAAAAUCUGAG